CUCUCGAUUGUCAGUUAUAUUCCGGAAUUUUUCUACUUCACACACGACCCGGUUCGUUUCGAUUCGAUUCGAUUCCAAAAUAUAAAACACUCACACAUUUUGGUAUUCGAUUCGAGAGUCUCUUGUUUUGUAAAAUCGGAAUCCAAAGACGCGCAUGGAACCGCGAGUGAAACGUUCAAAUUUACAAGUGGCGCCAGCUGAUCCGACACCGAAUCGGUAUAAAUCGGGAUUGGGAAACCAAAACCAAAACCAAACCAUCCAAGGACUUUUUCCGGACAAGUUAGUGGAGACUAGCGAGUGCCAGAAUUGGGAAUCAAAACAGGAUCAGAUAGAAAAGGAUUAUCGCGAGGCAUUUUAUUUUACACGUUUCGUUUUGUGUGUUCCACAGUCAAUGUGCUGAACUGCCUCAGGCUCGCUCAUCACAUUAACUGCAGUUUGAGAUUCGCGUUACGUUCUUUGAUUAUAUAUAUAUUUUGUAUCCAUAUUGUGCAAAUUGCCAGUUGACUUACAAUCACAAAUUCAUCCAUCCAGCUAACCCCUAGUUAGCCACCAUCCCACCGAAUCCUCUUUCGGUCGGGCUGUACAUUUUUCGAGUUCUGGGCACCCGGCGGUGCGUCCCAAGUGCUAAAAAACAUUACAAAGCUACCCGAGCAGUUGCAGCAUCCGAAUUCCCAUCCCAGCCAGCAGGAGGUGCAGGUUCAAAUCCAGUUUCCGGGCCCAAGAACAAGGCCAGGCAGAAGCAUAAUUGCAAGGAUACUAUGGCCAGCCAAGCCAGCGGUACCGACCAUGAGCGACGCAUUCACGAGCUGGACCAAAAUGUAGAGCGCAACUUCGAUAUCCGAAAGCGCUUGGGCAAAGGUGCCUAUGGCAUCGUUUGGAAGGCCACUGACAAAAGGCAUAACGAGACGGUGGCCCUGAAGAAGAUCUUUGAUGCGUUCCGGGAUGAUACCGAUGCCCAGCGCACUUACCGCGAGGUGAUAUUCCUGCGCGCCUUUCGUCACCAUCCCAACAUUAUCCGGCUGAUGGAUGUGUGCAAGGCUGCCAACAAUUUAGACUUUUAUUUGGUGUUCGAGUUCAUGGAAAGCGACCUGCACAACGUGAUCAAGAAGGGCGAUGUCCUCAAGGACAUUCACAAGCGCUUCGUCAUGUACCAGCUGAUCAAUGCCAUCAAGUACAUGCACUCGGGCAACGUCAUCCACAGGGACCUGAAGCCCAGUAACAUCCUGAUCGAUAGCAAAUGCAGACUCAAAGUGGCCGACUUUGGACUGGCUCGCACACUCUCCACGAAGCGAAAAUCUGACUAUGAUGAUUUGGAGGACGACGCCAUGCUGACGGAUUAUGUGGCCACGCGUUGGUAUCGCGCCCCUGAAAUUCUGGUGGCCAGUCGCAAUUAUACCAAAGGCAUUGAUAUGUGGGGUUUGGGCUGCAUCCUGGGCGAGAUGAUAAGACAGAAGCCACUGUUCCAAGGCACUAGCACUGUCAAUCAGAUAGAGAAAAUCGUGGCUGCCCUGCCGGCAGUGACCCAGCAGGACAUCGAGUCGAUCGGACUCACCUUCGGUAGUGUGCUGCUGUGCAAGAAGGUGCAUCGCGACCGCCGCCACUCGCUGGACGAGAUGCUGCGCAGCUGCUCCGACGACGCCAUCUCGCUGGUGAAGUGCCUCCUGGUGUUGGAUCCGCACGGCCGGCUGACGGCGAAGGCGGCCCUCAAGCAUCCGUAUGUGAGCCGCUUCCGGACGGCCUCGGCGGAAAUGGAGCUGCGGGUGGACAUCCGUCCGCCGCUGAAGGACGAUGUGCGGUACCGGGUGGACAAGUACCGGAGCACUCUGUACGACAUGAUUGGCCUGGGGUCGCGAGGAAGUGCCACGCCUUCGAGCAAUCGAGAGACCUCCGCCUCCACAACGACGACGACAACCACGACGACGACGACGACGACCAAACCCCAGCGAUCCAUGUCAAGGACCAGGACAUAUAGGGCCAGCCAGACGACCCAGGUGGUGGUCAAGAAGAAGGAGAGUUCGCAUCCUCAUCAGCAUGCCCUGGAGAUGGUGAAUCACCGGAAUCGGAGCACCCAAAACUGGGUGGACCAGCAGCAGCAGCAGCAGCAGCAGGUGAUCCCAGCCUGUUCCUCAUCCCUGCAGCAGCCACGUCAUCGCUCCAAGGAGGUCUCAAGGAAACAGCCAGCUCCGGUUCCAACUCCACCUCCAGCUCCAGCUCCUGCUCCUGCUCCUGAAAGAAACUUGCCCAAUAACCGGCAGAACCAUGUGGCGCUCCACCGGGAACUGGCAGCUGUGGCGGCCACCGCGCCGAAGAAGAAGCACCACGCCAAGUGGCAGUCGCAGGCCCUCGCCCAGACCAAGUUCCAUGCCGAGGCCAAGGCCCAGGCGCAGGUCCUGCUCCACACCCAGAUGCCCCUGAUGACACCCAGCUCGGAGGAGAUCAGCAAUCAGACCGAGCGACUCCGAAGUCGUUCCCUGAAAGCCAGGGAAAAGGUUCAGAGAAAGGAGAGAGUGCAGGAUAAGGAUCGGAACGGGGAUCGGAUUGGGGAUCGGAACGGCGAUCGGAACGGGGAUCGGAUUGGGGAUCGGAACGGGGAUCGGAACGGGGAUCGGAACGGGGAUCGGGAGCACAAGGAUAGCCAACGAAAUACGCGUACGACCGAGAACCUGUGGCUGAUGAAGUCGGAACGGGAGGAGCUGGAGGUGAUAGCCUACAUGAAGGCAAAGGUCAAGGCCCAGGCCUUAGAGCUAAAGAAGAUUAGGGAGCUGGAGCAGGAGACGGAGCAGAAGGAGGAGCAGGAGAAGUCGGACCCGAACAACGAUAUAUUCUACACGCCGGGACACGUAUGCUAUGGCACCACGAUCAGUUACCUGCAGGCCGAGAUGGACAAUUGCAAGAGGCAGCUGGUGAACUUUGUCCACGACAACCGGGAUGUGCUCGGCCACCGGGAGUUGCGCUACCACUUGGAGCAGCUGCAGCGGAAGCAGGAGGAGCUCGACGAUGAGCUCCAGGAGGAGCUCCAGGCGGAUCAGUUUGGCCAGUCCUCGUCCAAGGGGGGCAGUGGGGAGCCCUGCUACCACUCGUACGAGUACUUUCGCGAGGAGCAGCGCAAGCAGAAGCAGCUCCAGCUGCAGGAGUUCCUCGCCCGCGACGAGACCAAUGAGUUCGAGCAUCCCGAUUUGGCCAGCGUUUACAAGGCCUCCAGCAUUUGCCCUUUUGCCAGGGAAUCCAGGGAAGCCAAGGCAUCCAAGCAAUCCGCAUCCCAGGUGGAGCAGGUGGUGACCGCCGACUCAAACGCAGACUACCCUACCACCAGUAACUUGGCCCAAAGGCUAGCAGCCCAGUUGGAGAAAUCCCGAAUUAGCAAGCGUCUUUACCUCGAGGAGAGGGCCGCCAAGGAGCAGCAGGCCGCUUUGGGACUCCACCACAAGGCGCAUCGUUGUCAUCGUCAUCAGCAUUUGCCGACGCCCAGCUACGAUCACAUGCGACUGCGCCACAACGACAUCCAGGAGGCGCACUUCUCCCGGGACUCCUCAAACGGGUCCUUGUCCUAAGUUCUUGUCCCAAUAUAUACGAAAGUGCAUAAGUCCCAAA